AUGGCGGUGCAGCCGGUGCUGAAAACAUCAGAAGAUUAUUUGCUUGUCCAAAGCAGGUAAAUAAAACUUUUCCUGUGUGUUUAACUUUAGACAUUAAGUUACUAAACUAAGCUAUAUUUCCUCGCUGCAAGUUGGUUAAAAUAUUUAUUUGUUUGUUUUCAAAACAGGUCGCUUUCCGACCAGGAUUUUGCGCAACAGGUGAGGCAUACUGUGAACUGUAUAGUUGGGGGUCAACGAGGAACUGAAUGUGGAGCUGCUUUGAGAGAUUUGUAUCGUUAUUUGACUUGUAAACCUAAGCGGAGAAGGUAUGAUAUAGAAACAUUUUACUUCCUGUUAAAGUACCUAGUACUUAAAUAUUUGUGUUCACCCCUUCUCUGGUUGGGAAAAUACAUUUUAAGAUAGUUUAAAAAGUACACUUUGCUAUAAUUUACCAUUAUGCACCAAACCACACACCAUACCACACUAUACAAUACCAACUACACCAUACGGUACCAUAUGACACCCUGCCUUACCACACUAUACCAUACCAUCAUGCAACACUACACCAUACCAUACAUACUUUCAACACCAUAACAUGCCACAUCACACCUUGCCAUACAUACCAAACCUUGCCAUACCACACCUUGCCAUACCAUACCUUGCCAUAAUACCAUAUCUUGCCAUAACUGUACCACAUCUUGCCAUACCAGAAUACCUUAAAGGACAUUGGCAACCAAAAUUUUUAUUACUUAUAUCUAUUAGGUAUUCUUACGGAAUAUUUAAUUUCAUAUUUUGGCCGGUUUGUCGCGUUUAGUUGCUGAGAAAAUUUGAUUGAAUUUCAGAAAAUUUGAACAGUUGUCCGCCAUUUUGAAAAUAAGCGCGUAUGGUAAUUUAUGCCACAAAAUACAUUAUCUGAUGUCAUUGGCUGGGUAAACACAAUCUCAUGACUAUAAACAAUACCGUGUAUUACCACGCGUAGUGCAUUUUGAGCCAAAAUAAAAGGCAGAAAAGUUUUAUCAACUAAGUAUGUAACUUGUUUGUAACACUAUUUCUCAUAGUAUAUAUCCUACUCCAUGUUAAAUAAGCGCAGAAAUUCGAGUGUAACAAGGCAAAUACUAAUGCAAUAUUUUAUGAUCAAUUACCUGCAUUGUAAAUUGCGCCAUUUCUUGCUUUCCCAGUCGCUCGAUAUGUUUUUAUCUGAUAGUGUAGACUUCUCUUGUUUGAUUGAGAAGAGUGUUGGCCAGUAUAACGCUCAAAACGACAUAUUUGUAGCUAACAUAACACGCACGCAAUAGAAUUCUCUCUUGUAGUUUUGGUGCUACCCAGCCAAUGACGUCACAAAGUUCAUUGACCUUCGAGAUAAUUUUUCAAAAAUAUUUUCCAAGAUGGCGGCGAAACUGGCCGAAACACAAAGUUUGCAUGCAUUUUACUCGUAGACUAAAAUGUACAAGACGGAAAUGGUAAUGUUUUCAUAGUUCGGUUGUCAAGUAGGAUUGAAAUAGCCAAUAAAAAUUUUCGUUGCCAAUGUCCUUUAAUUACCAGAUCAUACCAUAUAUAUCACACCAUACAAUAUCAUACAUCAACAUAAUAUCACACCAUACAAUACCACACCAUACUAUACCAUACCACACCAUACCAUACUACACCAUACCAUACCAUACCAUACCAUACCAUACCAUACCAUACCAUACCAUACCAUACCAUACCAUACCAGCCUACUGUGAAAUGAAUGCAAACCCUUCUCAUAGAAUACCAGAUCAACCUAUUAAAUGUUCCCUCUCAUGAAAGUCAAUAGUACAGUAAAAUAUUUUCUCCAGUUUUUCAGAUGAACUUUUGAAACAACUCAAGAACAUGAUUGUUGAGCCGGGAAAGAGCCCAAAAGCAUUGCGUCUUUUAGCAAUGUUGAUAUUACGAGAUCUGUCACCCACUGUUGGAUACAAUAUUAACAUAUCAAAUAUGUCUGCUGAUCUAAACUGGUUGCCUUUGGUAUUUCCUUUGAUUUUUGCCCAGGUUAGAUGUUUAUCAUAAAUUCUGCAGUGUUGGUAGGUUUAUAACCUUCAUGCUAAAACAGGGCGAAAGUGCUAAUUACCACAAUAUAUAUUUCUCAUUCAAUUAAUAGGGGGAAGAGUUAGGUCACAUUGCAGUACACAUACCUAUAUUCAUCAGGUGUGUUCAAUAAUUCUAUGUAAACUCUGUAUAAGAGAGACGGCGUUAAAUUAUGGUUCUAGAAUUGUAAAUGUUUUAUAAUACUAUUGUUUGUGGAAACACCAUGUAAAUUUAUUACUGCAAAGCUUUCGAUCCAUAUAAGCCCGGAUCUUCAUCAGUGCUAAUAAGUAUGUAAAUGUUUUGUUAUAGAUGGCUAAAAAGUUCUCCAAAUUCAUACAUUCAAAGAAAUGCUCUCUUGUGUUUGUACUCAAUCCAAAAUUAUUAUGGAGUUCACUUGUUCAAUGAAGGUAUUAGUACAAUAUGUUUGGCAUAGUAAUGUAGAUUUUCAACUUAAAAAAUUAGUUUGGACAUUCUACUGAAAACUAUGAAUUUGAUUAUACACCUAUGAUGUCACUACCGUCUGUAAUGUCCUAGUUACAAAACAUAAUUCAGUCUUGAUGAUUCAGUCUUGAACUGAAGAUAGAAUUUGUUUUAUUAGAUCAAGUGACAACUGUUAAUCAGCUGAUGCUUCAAUGGCUGACAAAUGCCAGUCUUUACUCUGCACCCAAUCCAUACCAGCGCAAGAUCUUUGCAUCCAAACCAAAACUUCAAGUGAUCACGGAACUGGAUGGAAGCACAUGCCAUUCUUUCUUUACCGUGCUCAAUCUCGCCCACUAUUGCUCUCCUGACCAAUGGCUGAACAUCUAUACCUUCUCUCUCCUGCGACAAUGGCUGCUCAACACAUGGCAUUUUCAAGAAGGUCUCUGCGAAAUCUCUAUAGACAUUCCUCAUGAUCGAGACAGCGUCACCACUAGCUCUCCUUUUGUGACUGCUCAUUCAUCGUUCAAUGAGCCCACAUUUCUUGAUGACCACCUGCUACGGACACCGGGUGCAGAUGAAAUGUAUGAAGAAAUAUCAGACAAGCAUUCCUCACCAAGUUUCAGCGAGAUUACCCAAGCAUUCAGCGACCAAAGCAGUACGCCAGUGAAGGAUAUGGAUGAUAACAUGAGUGUUGGAAGUUAUAGUAAUUUAUCCAGUAUUUUUGAGUCCAGUUUUUUCUCAGAGAGUCAUCAAGAUGGUAGUCUGGGCCGAAAAGCGAUGGCUUACUGUUACAGACUGUUGCGGCAGAGUGAAUGUAGUAAGUUCAUUAUUUUGUGGAAAGUAUAACAUUUUCAUGUAUUCGGUGGUCCUUCCAGGACUUCCAGUAAGUGUUAUUACCACAGGGAGUCCUGCCAAGAGGGUGGGGGUGCACUUUGCCCCACAAGCUCAAAAGGGUCCCCCAAAGCAGGUUGACCACCAUCUGAUGCAGAAUAGUGUUUAGUCAAACCCAACGCAAUUGUUUUGUCCUAUUUAGAACCGUCCACUUCACAAGAUGCCUUACUAAAGAAGGCUGUAAGUUUCUCAAUACAACAACAUAUUUUGGAUUGUAUUUGAAGGAUUUCUCAACCUCAUACCUAAUAUGUUUUUAUCAUUGUUUCUAGUGUAUUGUCGAAGCUGUUUCCCUGAUGGAUUUCUUUUGUCUGCAAGAGAAAGAUUUAGUUCCUAAAGCAAUCCAAGCAGUGCGUCGUGUGUACAGUGUCGUCAAGAUGUGGUCGGCACCAUGGACUGAUGUACUACUUCCCAUUGUUUUGUUUUUUCUUAAUCACGGUAAGAGAUGCAAGGUUGUAUAUUCAAGCAAUGGAUGCCUUUCACUAAGCAUUAUAGUGCAGUAGAUGAUUGUUAUUCUGAUCGGUAAAAAUGUCUUAAUGAAAUUCCACUUGAGGCUCAUAAAAUUUCCCAUAGUGCUUGUGAAACUCAUUAAUAAUUUAUGAAGAAAACUCAAAAGAAAUCAUGAGUGUGAAGGAGUUAGCAUAUCUGAUACAGAAUCAUACUGAUUUAGAUCAACUUGAAGUUUAAUUGUUUAACAAAAUAUCAUUCAUUUUAAAUUGUUGAAGAGUACGAAAGUUCUCAUUAAGACGUUUCACGAGCCAUUUACAACAUUUGCGUCCGCCGAUACAACACGGCCCCUCAUAUUGUAAAUAGUGUUUCCACAUCCUGCACCAGCAAACUGUACAGUCAAUAAACUCUUUUAUUUAAGGUGAAACUGUCAUUCUUGAUCCAGAGCCGUAUGUCAAAUAUUUGUUUGGUGAAAUUUUGUACAACAGUUUCACAAGGUUUGUCGCAACGUUCCAUAAAAUGAUCCCAUGCAAAUUUUCUUGGGCGUGGUGGGAAAACGUUUUUGGGGUGCAAACUUUUUUUUGGGGGGGUGCAUCCCAGAAAACCCGUUUAUGAGUUGUUCUUCAAUUUUUUGACCUGAGUUAAUUUAUAUUUCAGCCCCGAAGUCGCAUUCGAAGUAGUCAAUUAUUGUUGUGAGCAUACGAAGAAACUACAACAAUCGACGAACGUUUUCUCGAAAUAUUUCCCAAAUAUAUUCAAGGUUCUAGCAUGGUUUCCUAGAACGUUUCUCAGAGAAUUCAUGGAAUUAUUACCAGCGAUGAUUUCUGAGAAAACAUACAUGGAAGUGAGUCCUCAUUCUAGUGUAUUCUGUAGCGUCAACCUGGAUGAAACGAGAAUGAAAGUGCAUGAGAGCUUGGCAGUCACGCCACCUGGGUUAGCUGUUCUUGAUGCUUUCCCAACAUGUAUUUUAGGUUAAAACAUAGUUGGAAUACUCAUAAAACCUUUAUUACAGGGUGCGAUAAUUCUCGUACUUACGUACCUGAGGUACGCCAAUAUUACUGUGUGGUACUUCUUUGUUUCCAGCCACGUACCACGCGCGUACACGGAACUCUUGCUAUCUGCGUACUUAUUUUUUGCUGUUAUCACAUGACCUUUCCAAGCCCAAGGUAUUCAAUACCGUGAUUUAGUUGGUAUAUCAUGUGUCUGAGAUGUCUUGGCAUGAAACAUGAUUGGACUGAUGGCACUAAGAAACGUUGGAGUCGAUUGUUUGUAUAUUGCAAUUGUGCUUCUUUUUCUACCUCGUAGUCUGAACAUACUUUUCAGAAACCUGUACUUUAUGAACCUUAUUUUAAUGACUAAGUACACAUUGAGUACUGAGUUUGUGUAAGUACGUGGCAACAACCAUUGGCGUACAGUCAGGUACGACUAAAUAUAUUGAAUUAUUGCACCCUGCCUAGAGCUUGAAAUGUCCCCUGUGACAAUGCGUGACUACCAACUCUUAUUGCUCGUUUAACCAGGGCUUGAGCAGUCUGUUAAAACUCGAAUUUCUUUGUUUUGAAGAUCUUUCACUUUCUUCUGGACUUGCCAUGUCUCUCUGCUGCUCUUGAAACUGUCAAACAAGCUGGCAAACGUAAGUUCGCAACAUCGUCCGUCACAACUUAUACCAGUGUGACCAGAUUUUUUCAGGAGUCAUUACCAAAUGUCUUCCCAAAUAAUUACGUCAUAAUAAUGCCAAAAAACAAUAGUUACGUCAUCAAAGUAGAAAAAGUAUGCCCAAAAAGUAUCUCGAAAUACUUGUUGCUUUCAUCGUAUUGCAGUUUUUGCUAAUGAUAAGGCUUUAUUUCUUAGGCUUGGCAACUCUGUUCAUCACUUUGAGCACGUUAUUAAACAAGAAACACACAUUUUUACCAAAAUGAUUAUUAAUUUAAGAUUUUACCAAAAUUUUACCAAAAAAACUCAUUGCCGCCAAAUUUUCUUGAAAAUUAACGAAAGUUCACGAAAUUUUACCAAUAGUGAAACUUUUUACCAAAUCUGGUCACUCUGUUGUUCCUGGGGGCCUGGUGAGGGUCGUCUUUUAUUAUUUCCACAUCCCCUUCAGUAACUGGAGCCCAUCCUUGCAUUGUUUUCAGGUAGCGCAGUUAUGUCGGAAUCAGCCGCCAUCUUUCGUAAAUCAGUCGAAGCGUACGAAGGUCUUCAGUAUAAACCGAUAUUUGCAUUCAUCUUGAGACAGCAGGGUGGCAUUGCUGACACGAUUGACAAGUAAGUGAUUAUUUUGUUUUGUAAAAACACCGCAUUGUUGUUCAUAGAGGAGUCCUCUUAAUUAUUUCUAUGUGUUCGUAUUGAAAUGCGUGUUUUUCUUUUCCAGGUUAGAUAUUCUUCAUUCCGUAUUUGAAGAUUGCAUUGAACACCCGCGAGUACUGGUUUGUUCACAAGUUUCCUGGUUGAUGCUUAGGUAAUCUUGAUUAAUAAUGUAGUUAAUGUUACACAACAAACCAUAUGCCCAAACAGAGCCAUGCUACACCAUGGCAUGCUACACAAUACCACACCAUAUGCCAUAUAUACCACACCAUACGAAACCAUAACUUACCAUAUACCAUACCAUACCUCGCAAUGACAUACCUCACAAUGACAUACCAUGCUAUACCAUACAACACCAUACCAUACCACACCACAUACCAUACCAUACAUACCAUACCAAUACCAUAACAUCUACCCACCUAACCAUAUCUUCUAUUCUUCCUUUCAUUUCAGAGUUUACUUCAAAAUCAUUUUACAAAAUAAAGACAUUGAUACUGUCAGAAAACUUUUUCCUAUUAUUCUUGAACGAGUCACAUGUAUCGUCAAUAUUGAAAGUUAUAAGAAAAACAUUCAAAGGUAAAAGAAAUAUUAAACAAAUUUUCACUAGGCAAGUUUCAAACCAAGAAUUAUGAAUAAAAAUAUGGUAUCAUAGUCCUUACAUGUGUUUUGUGUUUUUCCAAGUUUACUGGCGACGGAGCUGCUCACCAUCCUCAAGCUCUACCCUUGUCUGGUUCUUGAAUAUGCUGAUGAACUCAUUGAGUUCGUUCACAGAAUGAAAAGUUUAGAUAAUGGAUUUGAGGAAUUCUUUACUAAUGUGGUAAGCCUUGACGAUUGAGCUUUAUAAAAUAACAUGUAUAUAACGCGUGCUCUGAUUGGUCGAAACCCGUGUUUGGAUCAGGCCAUCCAAACACGGAAGACUAUCGUGUUGUUGUUAUUUUAUAAAACAAUUACUUUAUGGUUUCCGUGUUUGGAUGGCCUGAUCCAAACACUUAGGAAUGUUGCUCGAGUUAAAAAAAGCGCGCAAAAUUACUCGCCUUCGGCUGGUGUUUCGCGCGCUUUUCUUAACUCUCGCAACAUUCCCGCGUGUUUGGAUCAGGCCAUCCAAACACGGAAACCAUAAAGUAAUUGUAUAGUAUGCACUCAGUGGGUUGCAUUACAUGCAGAUGGUGGACAACCACAUGUCCAAUUAUAUUGAACUAGAUUUCUUGCCGUUAACGUUGUUGAUGUUGUAGGUUUGGGUGAUUGGUGAAUACGCAUCCACUAAAUAUGAUGAAAGAUGUGGCAACCCUCAUAUUAUCAAGUUUCACGAGGUAUGCUUCGCCUUACCCAGUCCCCUUGAGCAACUUGACAUUUUCCAUAUACACUAUUGAUUUAUUUUCCGGUCUGUUUCUGUUAUGUAGGCAAUUGAGUGUGUAACAUACGAACUUACACUAACUAUGAACGCAGGAAACAGUAAGGUGAGUAAGUGGGUUAGUGUGGGGGUACUAAUCAUCCUUUAUACUUGCAGCUGAGAGCUAAGCUGAAUUACGAUGAACGCAGCUCAACCUGAUCGAGUCGAAGGCUUACUAAGGGCGCCUCUGACGGACUCGUAUCUGAUCACGAAGCACAGCUACGGUGGAAGGGUCAGUUAGAGGCUAAACCCAACUUAGGGGCUAAUCCCAUCCCCACCCUAUCAACCCUCCCUGUGAGACGAAACCGAAGUUGUGUGUUUUUUUUGAAAUUGCAGGAAAUUUGUAGUUCUCGUUUGGUUUGUGUCUUGAUGUCAACGUUGGCCAAGGUGAGUCGAAGUUGUUGUAAAUUCUACGAACUGAUUUAUUCCAGGACACGUAUGUAUAACGCUUUAUAAUUAAUCAUUGUAGCUUGCCUCAAGAUGUCCAGAUCUUAUUCAAAAAGUUAGUCUGUGCAUUACCAAAGUCGCCAAGCUCAGAUCGGUAAAUUGUUUUUAUACGAAUUAUGUUCUAAUUGAUUUUCUAAUUAAUCGUAUCAUUAAAUUUCUUAUUACUAUACCAAUUAAAGUUGUAAUUAGCCGUCUGAUGAUAUAUUCGAGUUAUCAUUCUUGUUUAGGAGUUAUGUGUUGAACAGGCUGAGAGAGAAAGUUUACUUAUUCGAGCGAGUGAACUCAUCAGUUUACUCGAACUACCAAAGUACGUUGGAGUUCAUUUCUAAUUGAGAACUUUGCUUGGUAUACAUUACACACAUUGAAGCGCUCUAAUUAGUUCAUUAAGAAAUAUAUUUAUCCGAACUGUUUCUUCUUACUAGUAUUGCUCCGUUAAUCCUUACUCCUGAUCCAUCCAUCAAAGAAGGAAGGUGAGAAUGCCAGUGUCUACAACUAUAUAUAGUAAUUGGCAGAAUUAGAACAAUCUUGAUAAUUAGAACAAUCUUGAUAUAAUUUUUUCUGUGUUGGUGUUAUGGUACUCAGGUGAAUAUGAUGUUUGUGAUGUUACUCUGAGUGUGCAUCCACACCGGGCAAGCUGAAAAGUUUGCCUGACCACGGUGGGAAUCGAACUCGAACCGACUUGACCUCGUAGCUCAUUGGACUAGUAUCCCAAAGGUCGUAGGUUCGAUUCCCACUGUGGUCAGGCAUAUUUUUCAAGCUUGCCCGGUAUGGAUAUACACUCAGAGUAACAUCACAAUCAUCAUAAUCUUGAUAUAAUUAGAACAAUGUUUUAUUUGUUUUGGUUUAUGAAACACACCGCGUAUAUUGCGAAGCCUCCGAUCCGUAUAAGCCCAAAUCUUCACCAUUAAUACAUUUUCACAAACGAAAACAAAUAUAAUAUUUUACCAUGCAAACUUACAAAGAACUUAUUAAUUUUUUUCUUUAUUUAGACUUCAUCGCGAUCGCCAUAUUUCGAUGUCAUUUUUCAUGGAUACAACAAAAGAUAUGAUGUUUAAUCAGUAA